AUGAGAAUUCGGGAACAGAAAAGUAACUUACCUAAGAUGAUACAAAACAAAACAGUAGAGGCAGAAGCCCUUGAUGAGCCUCCCUAUUUGACAGUGGGCACUGAUGUGAGUGCUAAAUACAGAGGAGCCUUUUGUGAAGCUAAGAUCAAGACAGCAAAAAGACUUGUCAAAGUCAAGGUAACAUUUAGGCAUGAUUCUUCAACAGUGGAAGUUCAGGAUGACCACAUAAAGGGCCCACUAAAGGUCGGAGCUAUUGUGGAAGUGAAGAAUCUUGAUGGUGCAUAUCAGGAAGCUGUUAUCAAUAAGUUAACAGAUGCAAGUUGGUACACUGUAGUUUUUGAUGAUGGAGAUGAGAAGACACUGAGACGAUCUUCACUGUGCCUGAAAGGAGAGAGGCAUUUUGCUGAAAGUGAAACAUUAGACCAGCUCCCACUCACCAACCCUGAACAUUUUGGCACUCCUGUCAUAGGGAAGAAAACAAAUAGAGGAAGAAGAUCUAAUCAUAUACCAGAGGAAGAGUCGUCUUCAUCCUCCAGUGAUGAAGAUGAGGAUGAUAGGAAACAGAUCGAUGAACUACUAGGAAAAGUUGUAUGUGUAGAUUACGUUAGUUUGGAUAAAAAGAAAGCACUAUGGUUUCCUGCAUUGGUGGUUUGUCCUGAUUGUAGUGAUGAAAUUGCUGUGAAAAAAGACAAUAUUCUUGUUCGAUCUUUCAAAGAUGGCAAAUUUACUUCAGUGCCAAGAAAGGAUGUCCAUGAAAUUACUAGUGACACUGCACCAAAGCCUGAUGCUAUAUUAAAACAAGCCUUCGAUCAGGCCCUUGAGUUUCAUAAAAGUAGAACUAUUCCUGCUAACUGGAAGACUGAACUGAAGGAAGAUAGUUCUAGCAGUGAGGCGGAGGAAGAAGAGGAGGAGGAAGAUGAUGAAAAGGAAAAGGAGGAUAAUAGCAGUGAAGAAGAGGAAGAAAUAGAACCAUUUCCAGAAGAAAGGGAGAACUUUCUUCAGCAGUUAUACAAAUUUAUGGAGGAUAGAGGCACACCUAUUAACAAACGGCCUGUACUUGGAUAUCGAAAUUUGAAUCUCUUUAAGUUAUUCAGACUUGUACACAAGCUUGGAGGAUUUGAUAAUAUUGAAAGUGGAGCUGUUUGGAAACAAGUCUACCAAGAUCUUGGAAUCCCCGUCUUAAAUUCAGCUGCAGGAUACAACGUUAAAUGUGCUUAUAAAAAAUACUUAUAUGGUUUUGAGGAGUACUGUAGGUCGGCCAAUAUUGAAUUUCAGAUGGCAUUGCCGGAGAAAGUUGUUAACAAGCCAUGUAAAGAGUGUGAAAAUGUAAAAGAAAUAAAAGUUAAGGAAGAAAUUGAACCAGAAAUCAAAGAAAUAAAGAUUGAAGAGGAGGAGAACAUAAUACCAAAAGAAGAAAAACCUACUGAUGAUGAUACUGAAAGAAAGGAAAAUAUUAAACCCUCUCUGGGAAGUAAAAAGAAUUUAUUAGACUCUAUACCUACACAGUCUGAUCAGGAAAAAGAAGUUAACAUGAAAAAAACAGAAGAAAAUGAAAAUCUGGAGGAUAAAGAUGAGGAGACAACUGGGGUAGAUGAAUCCCUCAGCAUAAAGGUAGAAGCUGAAGAAGAAAAAGCAAAAUCUGGAGAUGAAACGAAUAAAGAGGAAGAUGAAGAUGAUGAAGAAGCAGAAGAGGAGGAGGAGGAGGAGGAAGAGGAUGAAGAGGAUGAUGACAACAAUGAGGAAGAGGAGUUUGAAUGCUAUCCACCAGGCAUGAAAGUCCAAGUGCGGUAUGGACGAGGGAAAAAUCAAAAAAUGUAUGAAGCUAGUAUUAAAGAUUCUGAUGUCGAAGGUGGAGAGGUCCUUUACUUGGUGCAUUACUGCGGAUGGAAUGUGAGGCUCUUGCGUUACAGCCUUCUUCAGAAGCCUCAGAAAUUUGUCUAUUUGAGACAAUAUGGUGGAAGUCCAGAACUCUGGAUCUUAAACCACAUACUGGCUUAUAAAUGGUAUAAUGCUGCCAUUAUUUCAGAUGAGGUGGUCGUAUAUCAAACUAUUGUCCGACACAAGGAAGACAUUGCUAGUGUCGUUAUCAUACACAUCAGUUUUUCAUCUUAUUUUCUAGCUUCUGAAAGUUCUGCUGAAGACAGUGAGCAGGAGGAUGAGACCGGUGCUCAAGACAUAGAUAACAAUGGCAAAGAAGACUCUAAGAUUGAUCAUUUGACCCACACCAGAAAUGAUCUUCUUGCAAAAGAGGAACAGAACAGUUCGUCUUUGCUAGAAGAAAACAAAGUCCAUGCAGAUUUGGCAAUAUCCAAACCAGUGUCAAAAUCUCCAGAAAGAUUAAGAAAAGAUAUGGAAGGAUUAUCUGAAGAUACUGAUUAUGAAGAAGAAGAUGAAAUCACAAAAAAGAGAAAGGAUGUUAAGAAGGACACCACAGAGAAGUCUUCAAAGCCACAAGUAAAACGUGGUAAAAGAAGGUAUUGCAAUACAGAGGAGUGUUUAAAAACCGGAUCACCUGGCAAAAAGGAAGAUAAGCCCAAGAACAAAGAAUCACUUUGCAUAGAGAACAGUAGCAACAGCUCUUCAGAUGAAGAGGAAGAAGAAAAAUCAAAAACAAAGAUGACACCAACUAAGAAAUAUAACGGUUUGGAGGAAAAGAGAAAAUCUCUACGGACAACUGGUUUCUAUUCAGGAUUUUCAGAGGUGGCAGAAAAAAGGAUAAAACUUUUAAAUAACUCUGACGAAAGACUUCAGAACAGCAGAGCUAAAGAUCGAAAAGACGUCUGGUCAAGCAUUCAGGGACAGUGGCCUAAAAAAACACUGAAGGAGCUUUUUUCUGACUCUGACACGGAGGCGGCAGCCUCCCCGCCCCAUCCUGCCCCAGAAGAGGGGCCGGCGGAAGGGUCCCUGCAGACUGUGGCCGAGGAGGAGAGCUGCUCACCCAGUGCCGAGCUCGAAAUACCGCCUCCAGCCAGUGCUGAUAGUAAACCUGCUGAGGAAAAACCCGUGGAGGUCAGUGACAAAAAAGCAGAAUUUCCAAGUAGUGGCAGCAAUUCCGUGCUCAAUACCCCUCCUACUACACCUGAAUCGCCUUCCUCAGUCACUGUAACAGAAGCCGGUCGGCAGCAGUCCUCUGUGACAGUAUCAGAACCACUGGCUCCAAACCAAGAGGAGGUUCGAAGUAUCAAGAGCGAAACGGAUAGCACAAUUGAGGUGGAUAGUGUCGCGGGGGAGCUCCAAGACCUCCAGUCGGAAGGGAACAGCUCACCGGCCGGCUUUGACGCAAGUGUGAGCUCCAGCAGUAGUAAUCAGCCAGAGCCGGAACAGCCUGACAAAGCCUGUACAGGUCAGAAAAGAGGGAAAGAAUCUCAGGGAGGAGGAAGUUCAUCAAAAAAGCAGAAGCGAAGCCAUAAAGCAACAGUGGUAAACAACAAAAAAAAGGGAAAAGGCACAAACAGUAGUGAUAGUGAAGAACUUUCUGCUGGGGAAAGUGUAACUAAGACUCAGCCAGUCAAAUCAGUUUCCACUGGAAUGAAAUCUCAUAGUACCAAAUCUCCUGCAAGGACACAGUCCCCAGGAAAAUGUGGAAAGAAUGGAGAUAAGGAUCCUGAUCUCAAGGAACCCAGUAAUCGAUUACCCAAAGUUUACAAAUGGAGUUUUCAGAUGUCGGACCUGGAAAAUAUGACAAGUGCUGAACGUAUCACAAUUCUUCAAGAAAAACUUCAGGAAAUCAGAAAACAUUAUCUGUCAUUAAAAUCUGAAGUAGCUUCCAUUGAUCGGAGGAGAAAGCGUUUAAAGAAGAAAGAGAGAGAAAGUGCUGCUACAUCCUCAUCCUCUUCUUCCCCUUCAUCCAGUUCCAUAACAGCUGCUGUUAUGUUAACUUUAGCUGAACCGUCAAUGUCCAGCGCAUCACAAAAUGGAAUGUCAGUUGAGUGCAGGUGACAGCAGGACUUGCUAAAGCACUUUGCACUUAAUGGCUGUUGAGGGCCACGUCUUUUUUUAUACUGCACAGUGGCACAAAAAAAAAUCAGACAAGCACUAUUUUAUAUUUAAAAAUUGUUUCUUGACAAGCUGACUUGGCACUUAAGUGCACUUUUUUUAUGAAGAAAAAGUACAAUGAACUGCUUUUCCUCAAGCAAUAAUUGUUUCCAACUUGUCUGGGAAUUGUGUGUCUGGUAACUUGAAGGCCUUCCACUGUGGCAAAUGGAGGCUUUUCACUGCCUGUAGAGACAAUACAGUAAGCAUAGUUAAUUCGGUGGGCCAGAACAUGUUAAGAUAACUUACUGUAUAUGUAUUCCCUUGUAUUUUGUUAAAGCUGGAACAUUUGAUAUUUUUCCAUUUAUUUAUGAAAAAAUAUGAACCUAUUUUCAUUUGUACGAGCUAAUUGUUUUUUAAAGCAAGUCACCUUAGGGUGGCUUUAAUUGUAUAAGUCAAGCACAUGUAAUAAAUUCAAAACCUGCAGUUAACAGGAUAUUAGACAUCAAUCCUGGUAACCAAAUAUUAAAGAUUCUCUUUAAAAAAGACUGAAUAUGUUUACAGGUUUGAAUUAGGCUAAAAGGUCUUGCAGUGGCUUUUCAUGCCCCUUCAAAUUGGAAUGGAACUACUGUACUUUGCCAUUUUUCUAUAAAUCAGUAUUUUUUUUUAAUUUUGAUAUAAUACAUUAUGUGAAAAAAGAAAAUGGCUAAUAAACUGUAUUAAAUCUUAAACAAUGUAUAAAGAUUGUACUUAGCCAGUUCAAAGUGUAUAUUUAUUCAUAAUGAAUUAUAACAGUUAUAUUUUUGUGUUUUCUUGUAAAUGUUUCUUUUUCCUUAAAUACAGAUAAUUCAUUUGUAUUGCUUAUUUUAUUAUGAGCUACAACAAGAGGAUUUCAGGAACAAGUAAACUGUAUUAGUAUGGUUCAAGGUUGUUGAUAUGAACUGUCUCAAAAGGAUGGUUGUUAUUUUAAGUAUAAAUAGCUGAUCGGGGUGGUAGGCCUAUAAAAAUUAAAUGCCUUGUAUAAAAUCCAAAAUGAACGCAAAAUUGUUUUCACUUGUAUUGACUUUAUGUUGUAUGAUUCCAAUCUCUGUUCUGUUUGGCACUUGUAUUUAAUUCUACACCUUUGUAAGACAUUUGUAUAUUGCGAUGUGUUCAUUCAAGCUAUUUAAUACCUGGCACUGUUAAUACACAGUACUUUACUGUACAGACUGUUUUACCGUUUUAAUUGUAGUUCUGUGUACUUUUUUUGGAUGGGGCUGGCAUGUUUUGUUUUCUGGCAAUACGACAUGUGAGAAUUUCGAAGCGUUUUGUUGUAGAUGCUAACGUGUCAGAAUCCUUUACAUUCAACUUUUCUAAGAAAAGCAUUUUCAGUCUUGUAGUGUGUGCUUACAGUAACUAAUUUUGUUGAAAAUGGUUUCAAGUUAUUCAAAUUUGUACAGGACUGUAAAGAUUUGUUGACAGCAAAACGUUGAAGAAAAAGCUUAUAGAAUAAAAGCUAUAAAGUAUAUAUUAGGAUCUGCAAACAAUGAAGAAUUAUGUAAUAUAUUGUACAAAUAUAAGCAAAGGCUCUGAAAUAAAAUGCCAUAGUUUGUGAAUCCUUGA